AUGAGAUUUCGCACCACUCGCAACUUCUAUACGCACCUGGAAAUGGCGGCACCGCCGGUUGCUCCGCGAGCGUCUCCAGAGCAACCGAGCGGAAAACCGGCGACUUCUACCGUCGUCCACUGCAAAAAGCACGUCGGUAGGCGAGCACGGAAAGAAAUAAUAAAUUUUGUCGCGGUGUAUUUGAGAAAUUGAGAAAAAAAAAUCCGGAAAUAACGUAAAGGUUCGCUUGAUUGAACUUAAUUUUUUUCCUGUUGUAAGUCUUUUAAGGAAAAAUCCAGAAGUUUUUUGAGUGUGUUUUGGAUUGAAAAGCAUUUUGCGAAUGAAGUGUUUCACUCAAUGUUUCGACCUUUUCUUUAGUUUUCGCACUUUCUCGAACAUGUCAAUCAGAAUGGGAAAAAGAAAAGAGGAAGAAUUUGAAUUCGAAAUGCAUUUUGUUCCAUUUCGAAAAACCUCAUUCCAUCAAAAACGACUUAGUGGCGUGACAAUAGUUGAUGACCCAUCUUUUCUCUAUUCUCGAACUUCUUCGAAAGAAGAAAAAACUAAUGGAAAUGCUAGAGUUAAACCAUUUCAACUGCAAAGUUCUCGUAGUGACAUUGAGAAAGGACGAGAGCGUGUCCACCCAUUUUUCAUACGAGAUUAUGUUAACGUUGACUUUUUGCCGCCGUCUCCGACCUUCUUCCUCUUUUCUUUUCCUCAUUUCAUUUCACUUUGGUUUUUUUCGGCGGUAACAGUGUGACCCUUCAUUUUCGAAAUGUUCGGAGUGAGAACUCGAAAAACAGCUACUGAAAACUCGUCUAUUACUAAUACCAGUACUAAUACAAAUUGUAAGUUUUCCGUGUCCAGGACACGGUUUGUUCGGCUCAAAAUCUAGGUGUAGACUUGUGAAGUAUUUAUUAUUUCGCGCCUUUUCCCACACAAGUACUUUUCACGUACUUCUCUCUCUUUAAAUACCCUCCGAAAGCCAUAUUUCAUACUUUCCCUUCUAAAUUCCGGAAAAGUUCGAUUCAAUUUCGUCGGGCACCCUUCCUUCCUUCCUCUCCCUCUAACUUAACUUGUACCUACCACCAGUGCGUUUUAUUUUUCUGCCCCUCUCUUUUUGUAUUGUAUUGACUCAAAAUAUGUAAUAAACGGGCGCGAGAUUGUUGUGGGGCGCAAAAAAGUGGUACGACUCUUGUUGUCAUUUAGAAAAGGGAGAAAAGAAAAGCAAAAAAGAAAGACAAAACGGGGUAUUAAAAAUCGUCAAUUUUCUAUAGAAACCACACUCAUAAAUUGUCGUUGCUCUCGCCAAACACACUCCUUCUCCGUUUCACCCAUUAUCGUUUUGUGCGCCUCGUAAUUUUUGGAGGUCCGGGCGGGGACAGGGAGGGGAACAAGGCAUUGUUAUUUUUAUUUUUAUUUUUCUCGUUCCUUGCCUUGUUCCUCCCCCCUCUACUCACCUUUUCUAUAUUCUCGAGAGCUAUGGGCAGGAAAAAAGAGUCGAGAGGUUUGAAACUGAAACAUGACAAAAAAAAGAACAAGAAUGCUAUGUGAGAUGGGGCAUGAUAUUGAUCAUUUUCAGCCAAGUGUGCCUGGAUGAAAUUCCGAAAUGUGCUCCGGAUUGCUCUUGGACACUUAGCGCUCUACUGUUUUGUGGUCUGUUACGUGUUCGCCGGCGCCUGGGUUUUCCAUCAGUUGGAGGGCGAGAACGAGACGGAACUUCAUGAUACGCAAAGGUACGGACACUUUGGUAGGCAGAAGGACAGUCCUUGUUUCAGGAAGUUUGCAAUGGAUUUGAAGAAAGAUGUGAUUGCAAAGUUGGCUACUACCGAGAAUGUAAGUUGCGCUUUUGAAUGAGUUAGGGCUGGCAAAUAGCCGAUCGAUGAUAUUCCGAUCGGAACCAAACGUUUCAACUUCAAUUAAAGUCGAAAGUUUGAUACCAAUUCGAUCAUUUGAUCUGAAAGAAUUUCGGGCUUUUUUCCUCAAAACAUUAUAUAUUCAGAUCGGACAAUCCAAUCGGUUUCAAUCUUUUAAGGUAGGCACUCUAAACCAAAACUGAUAAUCAUACAAAGUUUUUUGAAAAACCUUGAAAGCCCUUUGUUAACCAUCAUAUCGCAUAAAACACAACAACUGUUCCAGGUCGCUGAGAUCAAUGAGCACUUGCGAAUGUUUCUCCGGAACAUCUCACAUCUUCAUAUCUCACUUGACAAUUAUCUCAUUUUCAAUGAACCACACCAGGUUUGCCAUUUUUAUUCUCAUUCUUCACAGUUUUCACACCUCACAGAUUGUGCCGAAACGAUGGACGUUUCCAUCCAGUGUCCUCUUCUCAUUCACUAUUCUCACUACAAUAGGUCAAUUUGUCUUUACCCACUUUUCUUAGCGAAAAUUUCAUAAUUUAGGAUACGGUAAUGUCACUCCGCAUACUCAGCAAUGCAAAGUGUUCUUGAUGAUUUAUGGAGCAUUCGGAAUUCCACUUUUUCUCAUCACAAUCGCGGAUUUAGGACGAUUUUCAAAGACAGGCAAGUGUUUUCGGUCAUUUUGCGUAAAAACAAACUGAUUUUCAGCAAUCAUGGCUCUAGUCCAAAAAGUGUCAAAACGAGAGCUGAAAAAGCAGAGCGAUGAGCAUCUUUUACGUGAAAUUGCAGAGGUAUAUACAUAGGAUCCCUUGGGAAACAAAAACAAAGCCAAAACUUUUGUUGAUGGGCGCCAGGGGUGUCAUAGGAUAAGAAGAGGUGUCGGGUUUCUUGUGCAAUUUUCUUUUUCCCUAUAUUUUCGAUCCAUCUGGGUCACGUGGGGGUCUAGAUGAGACGAGCUUUGAUGUAUGACAAUCCAAAAACGUUCAGGUCAUGCUGGUAGCCGGACUAUUUGUGGUGUUCAUUGCAAUUGGUUCCGCCGUCAUUCCUUUAUGGGAAAAUCAACUCACCUACUUUGACAGUGUCUAUUUCUCCUACAUGUAAGAGAACAUCUUUACUUCAACAGUAGAUUCAUGAACUUAUGCAUUCAGGAGUUUGACCACAAUCGGACUAGGAGACAUAGUACCCCGUCGGAUGGACUUCCUGCUCCCCACUCUCAUUUACAUCACUAUCGGAUUAUGGCUGACGACGGCUCUUGUCGAGCAGCUCGCCGAUGUGUUCAGAUUAGUGCACUAUGCCGGAAGACAAGUCACUAAUGUCAAGGGGGUACGUCAAUAGAAAACGGAAGUUACGCAUUUCGAACUGUUCAGAUCACAGUCUGGUUGGGCGGACGACGUCUUUCUAUGGGUGGUUUGAUAAAUACCGUUUGCCGAAGAGUUGGAAUGUCUGAGAACCUCAUUAGUAAGAUUCCGUCUUUUUCUCUUCCAAUUCCAUGUCGAUCCUUCCAGAUCAAAUCAACUGGGACCGCACUGUCAUCGACGCGUUGGACGGAAAAAUGCCGCCGACACUUCCGAUCUUUCCGUGGCAUUUUACCGAUUUUCUGGAGCAUGACCCACCUCUAAUUGAUCUGAGCAUAGAUUUGGAUCAGAUGGAUGUAUGUGUAGGUUACUUUGCAUGUUUUCCGGCUGCAAUAACCUACUAACCCCCCCUCAACGCUUCGGAAUGGUUUUCAUGGUUUGCUCGACGUUUUUUUUCUUAACUAACUCGAAAUAACUUCAGAUAAAGUAGGAGUGUGUGUGUUUGCUGCAACCUAACCUAUAGAAAUUCCAAAAGAAAAUACAUGUAUUCUCAACAAAUCAAUAAAAUAUUAACGUUUCAGGGCUCAUUUUAUUGCUCCAAGCCACUGUCGGCGAAGAAACAGAGAAGAGCGAGUCAGAUGAGUGCUCCGGCGAUUGCUUGGAUGCGUCCACAAGAAGAAGCACGCAUUCUGGAAUCCGAUGGCAAUUUUCCAAACAUUGAUGCGUGA